AUGUCCGUAGACGCUAAACCCAUCGGGCACUUUGUCAUAGAGGGUGCCGACGUCAACCACCCUGCCACUGGCCCUUCGUUCGUGGCGAGAUCUGAAGAACGAUCAGAGUUGUCGAGAAAGGUUCUACCGACAGCCUCUGAAGCGACCCAAGCCCUGGACGUCUUGGCCAGUCCGCUCGUGCAGAAAGGCGCAGGAGCGCCUCCGGCAGAUGACUUGCACAACGCGCAUGGCUACACCUCGUUCCAUCAAUAA